AUGCUGCGCAGCACACACGCGGCGGUGAGGCUACACUCGACCCGAGUGCUGGGUUGCUGCGUCGUGAAGCAAGCAAGUGCAGGAGAAGGUCAAGGCUACGCAGAGGCCCUGGUCUCAGCGAUGACUUUGGGAAAUCCUGAAGCUUGGGCACGGGACCGGGAAGAGUUGGCUGCCCGGUGUGCUGCUGUGGAUGUGCUGCACCUGCUUGCUGCCCAGGAGUCGCAGAAGCAACUCUUGCAAGACCUCUUGGGUCGCGCUGCGACAGUGCUGGAUGUGGGCCCCUCCAAAGGCACUUGGUCCAAUCUGGCUGAGUUCCUGAAGGUGGUCGCCAGGAACCAGUCUGCCUGCGUCGUCGUUUGCGAGCGUCUGGCCAGCCCCAAUCCGCUUGUGCGCCGGGCUGCUUUGGGUAUCCUGCCCCUGGUCUUCCAUGGCACAGCGGCAGAGACGGCGGAGACAACACAGGCCCUGCAGAGCUUGUCGUCUCACCAGAGCCCGGCGGUGAGGACGGCUGCCCUGGACGGCUUCGCAGCCCUAGCGCCCCGGGACGGCGCCUUGCGCAGCGGCGCACUGCAAGCUGCCGGCGCAGCUCUUUGCGAUAGCGAUGGUCGAGUCUGCGCACAGGCGGCAGGCAUGGUGCCCUUGCUGAUGACCCGCCGGGGCCAUCCCGAGACAGUCACGGCAGCUCUGAGGAGCUUGGCGGCGCCCAAGGCGCACAACCGCCGAGUCGGUGCAGAGGUCUUGGCACAAGUCGCCGCCCAGGAUGACCACUGCGUGACGAGAUCCCUAGGCCUCCGGCUGGAAGACCAGGAUGCCGGCGUCCGGAGUGCAGCAGGAAAAGGCCUGGCUGACUUGCUCGUCCUUUCGGACCGGAAGGACUUCUCCAGUCCUCCACUUGGCCUGCAAGAAGCGGUUCUGCGGAUGGGGCACGCGUCGCUGGACGUCCGUCGCACAGCCGUGGAGGCUUUGCGUCAGCUCUCCAAAAGCGAAGCAGCACGACCAUGGGUAGUGGCGGCUCUUUGCGAAUCCUGCGCUCACGAAAGCCUUUCCGUGCGCAGGACGGCUUUACAGGCCCUCCCCUGCGUCGCACGGCUCUCCGAUGAGCAGGUCAUAGCGAAUCUCCAGGCUCGCGGACAAGGGCCGAGGGUGUAG